AAUAAUAAUAAUAGCAAUAAUAAUAAUAAUAGCAAUAAUAAUAAUAAUAGCAAUAAUAAUAAUAAUAGCAAUAAUAAUAAUAAUAGCAAUAAUAAUAAUAAUAGCAAUAAUAAUAAUAAUAGCAAUAAUAAUAAUAAUAGCAAUAAUAAUAAUAAUAGCAAUAAUAAUAAUAAUAGCAAUAAUAAUAAUAAUAGCAAUAAUAAUAAUAAUAGCAAUAAUAAUAAUAAUAGCAAUAAUAAUAAUAAUAGCAAUAAUAAUAAUAAUAGCAAUAAUAAUAAUAAUAGCAAUAAUAAUAAUAAUAGCAAUAAUAAUAAUAAUAGCAAUAAUAAUAAUAAUAGCAAUAAUAAUAAUAAUAGCAAUAAUAAUAAUAAUAGCAAUAAUAAUAAUAAUAGCAAUAAUAAUAAUAAUAGCAAUAAUAAUAAUAAUAGCAAUAAUAAUAAUAAUAGCAAUAAUAAUAAUAAUAGCAAUAAUAAUAAUAAUAGCAAUAAUAAUAAUAAUAGCAAUGAUAAUAAUAAUAGCAAUAAUAAUAAUAAUAGCAAUAAUAAUAAUAAUAGCAAUAAUAAUAAUAAUAGCAAUAAUAAUAAUAAUAGCAAUAAUAAUAAUAAUAGCAAUAAUAAUAAUAAUAGCAAUAAUAAUAAUAAUAGCAAUAAUAAUAAUAAUAGCAAUAAUAAUAAUAAUAGCAAUAAUAAUAAUAAUAGCAAUAAUAAUAAUAAUAGCAAUAAUAAUAAUAAUAGCAAUAAUAAUAAUAAUAGCAAUAAUAAUAAUAAUAGCAAUAAUAAUAAUAAUAGCAAUAAUAAUAAUAAUAGCAAUAAUAAUAAUAAUAGCAAUAAUAAUAAUAAUAGCAAUAAUAAUAAUAAUAGUAUUACUCAGUUCCUCCCUGGAUCUGAAGACACAGUAAUGGCCAUUGUUCACCUGUCGUUCUGUGUUCCUCGCUGA